CAUAAACAGAAAGAUGAGGUUUCCCUUGCCUUCGGGAAAUGCAAUAAAUACCAACUUAUAAUGUCAAAACCGAGCCGCUUAACAAAUCCGUCGCUCCGAUCUGUUUCAGUCCUCAGCUAAAAGGCGUUGUAGCUAAACAAACUCCAAGAUGUCUGAGAAAAAGAUGUCUUCGAGUCGCAAGCAUCAUCUCAAGAGCUUGAUGCUGUCCAUCGCCAAAGGUUUGCUGGAGGAUGAAGAGAGGGAGCGAGAGGAGGAGAGGGCGAGGUACAUGGCUGAGAACUGUCCUCCUGUGUCCAUGCCCAGGAGCAUGCAGGAGCUGCAGGAGCUGUGCAGAGAGAUCCACCACAAGAUCGACGUGAGCGAUGAGGAGCGAUACAACCUGGAGAUGAAAGUCAAUAAAUGCGACAAGGAGAUUGACGACCUGAAGAUCAAAGUUCAGGACCUGAUGGGCAAGUUCAAGAAGCCCGUCCUGAGGAAAGUGCGUAUGUCCGCUGACGCCAUGCUGAAAGCUCUGCUGGGCUCCAAGCACACGGUCAACAUGGAACUGAGGGCCAACCUGAAGCAGGUCAAGAAGGAGGUGAAAGAGGAGGAUAAGGAACUCCGUGACGUUGGUGACUGGCGCAAAAACAUUGAAGACAAAUCUGGCAUGGACGGGAGGAAGAAGAUGUUUGAGGGCGAGGCUUAAAUCAGUGUCUUAUCUGACAAAAACUGCAUCGGCUUUUAAUAAACCUGCAAUAUUUUUAAUUCCUGUUUAUCAUUGCCUGGCUUAAUCAGAAAAGUAUUGAGAUAGCACAAAUACAUUUUUUUUUUAAACUGCCUUGUGAGCUGUAGACACUUUGACCGAAUAAACAAACACCUGCUGUUUUGUCAUGCUUA